AGUAUUUAAAGUUAAAUAUUCACGGAAAAAACAUAAAUAAAUAAGUGUAUAAAGGCCUCCUUCUUGAAGCACAUGCUCGUGUAACUUGGCGGUUCUAGAAGUUUCCCUACAACAGAAAACGCAGGGUAGGGCAAGGUGGUUUUCCUCCAUUCCCACAGCCGAAACGCCAUGGCGCUGAAAUCCUUCUUCCUCUCCAAAUCUAAAUCCCAAUUUCCCACCCUCUUAAGCCGCGCCUUCUCCUUCCAUUCCUCCUCCGCCGCCUCAUUUUGCACCUCGCCGGAAACCCCUGAUCAGCCCCAAAAACCAAACCCCAAACUGAUAAACUUCUCCCCUUCCGACACCGAUUCCGACUCCGACGCCGCAGCUCCAGCUACACGUCCCGACAAGUCCAAAAUCCCACCGCCGUACAACCCGUUCAGCAAGGAGCCGGCCAUCAAAGGGCCCGGGGACCCGAAGAAUCUGCAGGAGGUGUUCGCGAAGAUACGCGAGGACGGCCUGAUGAACAGCGCAGCCAAGAUGUUCGACGGAUUGUCCCAAGACGGGCUGACCCACGAGGCCCUGGAACUCUUCUCCCGGAUCAAGGACAGAGGCGAGAUGCCGGACGUGAUCGCCUACACGGCGGUGAUGGAGGCGUACGUGGACGCCGGGCAGGCGAAGGAGGCGCACAAGGUGUAUCUGCGGAUGCUGGCGAGUGGGGUGUCGCCCAAUGCCUAUACAUACAAGGUCCUGAUCAGGGGGCUAGCCGAGAGCGGAGCGGCCAAGGAGGCGAGCAAGUACGUGGGGGAGAUGGUGGGGCGGGGGAUGAGGCCCAAUGCGGGGACGUGCGUGGCAGUGUUUGAGGGGCUGCUGAAGGCGGAUCUCCGGAAUGAGGGGAUACAGUUGCUGGAGAUGUUGAAGGCAAAGGGCGUCGCGCCCCAAGAAGACAAAAUCAGGGAUGUGAUUAAGAAUAAGAAAGGGAGCAUUCCGAGUUUGAUCAUCAAUGUUUUAUAUGCCAACUGAUUAUUUCUUCGUUCUCAGAUUAAAUCAAAUACCUUUAUGUCUUGAGUUGCAAAA